AUGACGGUUACACUCGAGCUCGAGGGUGAUACGAAAAAAGAAGACAAGAAAGAUUCAAGCUUCAAAUACUAUUUGCGCGUCUUUACUUACAAUGAUCGCUUGGGAUGGAUCCUCAACGGUGUUGCAUUUGUCUGUAUGAUUGCUGCAGGUACAAUCCUGCCCCUUAUGGACCUUGUAUUUGGAAAGUUUAUCAACGUUUUUACCAAUUUCGCUACUGGCUCCUUGUCACCUGCUGGAUACCGAACUGAGGUCAGCAAGUACAGCUUGUACUUUAUUUAUCUCUUUAUCGCAAAGUUUGUUCUGACCUAUAUUUGGACGAUACUCGUUUCCAUUGCGGCCAUCAACACUACCAAAUCGCUUCGUGUUGACUUUGUCCGGAGCACCCUCCGUCAAGAGGUAGCCUUCUUUGACUCUCCCGCCUCUUCGAUACCCGGCCAGAUCACAACAAAUGGCAACCUCAUCAACCAAGGAAUCUCUGAAAAGUUUGGCAUUACAAUUGCUGCCCUCUCGACUUUCGUUUCUGCUUUCAUCGUAGCCUUCGCCGUUCAAUGGAAGCUUACUCUGAUUGUCCUUGCUAUCAUUCCAGUGAACCUGAUCGUCACUAUCAUAUGUGUCGCUAUUGACACUGGGUACGAGUAUGCCAUGUUCGAUGUCUACUCGAGGUCAAGUUCCUUGGCCGAGGAAGCCUUCUCGACCAUUCGUACAGCUCAUGCUUUCUGGGCGUUUCCAAAGUUGUCCAAACGCUUCACAGAUACCCUCCAGGAAGCAAGGAGGAUUGGCCAUAAAAAGUCAUGGGUAUACAUGGUCCUGUUCCCCACUGAGUUCUUCUGCAUCUUUGCAGGAUAUGGCUUGGCUUUCUGGCAGGGAAUGAGGAUGUACUCGGAGGGUGAGAUCACUCAGCCAGGAACGGUCGUGACUGUCAUCUUUGCUGUUCUCGUUGCUGCUACAGCACUCACUCAGAUUGCGCCCCAGACGAUAGCCAUCUCUAAAGCCACUGCCGCUGCCCAGGAGAUGUUCGAAAUGAUUGAUCGCAAGUCGCAAAUUGAUGCGUUAUCCCCACGAGGUGAAACCAUACCUGACUUCCAGGGCAAUAUCCAAUUCCGCGGGGUCCAGUUUGCAUACCCCUCUCGUUCUAAUGUCACGAUUCUUCACUCGCUUGACCUCGACAUUCCUGCUGAUCAAACAACGGCUCUUGUUGGUGCCAGUGGAUCUGGAAAGAGUACGAUAUUUGGACUCUUGGAGCGUUGGUAUACGCCAAGUCGUGGAUCAAUCACACUGGAUGGACGUCCUGUUGAGAGCCUGAACCUGCAAUGGCUUCGAACGAAUAUUAGAAUGGUUCAGCAGGAACCAACCCUGUUCAGCGGUACCAUCUUUCAGAAUGUUGUAGAUGGUCUGACUGGCACACCCAUGGUCGACCUCCCAGAGGAUGAGAAGCAAAGGAUGGUCGUCGAGGCCUGUAAAUCCGCAUAUGCCCAUGAUUUCAUCGAGACGCUGCCCAACGGCUACGAUACUUGGAUUGGCGAGAGAGGUGCGUCAUUAUCCGGCGGACAAAAGCAGCGUGUAGUCAUUGCUCGCAGCAUCAUUUCCAACCCCAAAGUCUUGAUGCUCGACGAAGCCACCAGUGCUCUGGACCCAAACGCCGAAAAGAUCGUGCAGAAAGCUCUCAACAACGUAGCCAAAGGCCGAACAAUGAUUGUCAUUGCGCACCGUCUAUCUACGAUUCGUGAUGCCGACAACAUCAUAGUCAUGGCCAAGGGCGAAACAAUCGAAAAGGGCUCCCAUCAAGAACUGAUUCAGCGCGGUGGCACAUACUCGCGUCUCGUUCGCUUACAGGAUCUUGGAAAGGGUGGCGAAUCUUCAGAAGAGGAGGAAAGUGAGACAGACAAGGAAGAAACAGCUGCUGGUCUUGAUCCUGUUUUAUCCCAUGCUUCUCAGCAUGCUGUAGCGGAUAUCACACGAAAAGACGGAGUCAAUUACGGGCUUCUUACAGGACUUUGGCUCGUUAUCAAGGAACAGAGGCCAUUGUGGUUCUCCUGUUUCGUUCUAGUCAUCAUCUCCAUAUUGGGAGGCGCUACGUAUCCGGCACUUGCUAUCCUCUUUUCGAGAACCAUGAAGGCAUUCGAGACAAUUGACGUCAGCGAGGCAAACUUCUUCUCAUUGAUGUUCUUUGUAGUCGCUCUUGCCAACUUUGUUAUAUAUGCCGUGGCUGGCUGGGUUUGCAAUGAAAUCGGCCAACAUGUCAUGACUGUAUAUCGAAGUGAACUAUUUGAUAACACCCUCCGACAAGACAUGAUCUUCUUUGAUGACCCCGACCGUGGAACUGGCGCUCUCGUUUCACGACUGGCCGCUGAACCAACAAGUCUCCAGGAAUUACUAUCCAUGAAUCUAUCACUUAUUAUGAUCAACCUAGUUACCGUCUUAUCUAGUUCAGUACUAGCCAUCGCCUAUGGCUAUAAGCUGGGUCUUGUUCUUACACUUGCCGCCUUGCCGGUGCUCGUUGGUUCGGGAUAUGUAAGGAUCCGACUUGAAUACAAGUUUGACGACGACACCGCCGGACGGUUUGCUAAAAGCAGUGGUCUGGCUUCGGAGGCGGUCCUGGGCAUUCGAACCGUUUCCUCACUGGCAUUGGAGCGAGCGGUAAUCGAUCGAUAUAGCAAUGCCUUAGAAGGCCUUGCUAAGGAGGCUAUCGGAAGCCUGGGUUGGAAGAUGCUUUUCUACUCCUUCAGUCAGUCUGCAUCCUUCCUUGCCAUGGCACUAGGAUUCUGGUACGGUGGGCGUCUUGUUUCCACGGGCGAGUAUACAACAGAUCAAUUCUACGUGAUCUUUAUUGCCGUCGUCUUCUCAGGGGAAACAUCAGCAAUGUUGUUUCAGUAUACCACCAGUAUCACGAAAGCACGAACUGCCAUCAACUACAUCUUCGAGCUCCGGCGCCAAAAGGUCCUGCAUGAUAAUGCGGACAAUAGUCCUGGAAGUGAGAAAAGUUUGGCCGAGAAGGGUAUCGACAUCUCCUGCGACAAGAUCGCUUUUGCCUAUCCUCGCCGCCCCAAACUGCAAGUACUUCGAGGCGUGGACAUCGCCAUCGAAUCUGGCAAAAUGAUUGCCCUCGUUGGAGCCUCUGGAUGUGGCAAAUCCACUAUGAUUGCACUGCUUGAACGCUUCUACGACCCAACCAGUGGUAUGUUACAGGCAGAUGGCCAGGAUAUCAGGACAAAAGACAGGCGACUACACAGGCGAGACAUUGCUCUUGUGCAACAGGAGCCAGUUCUGUACCAGGGUUCAAUUCGGGACAAUGUCUCCCUUGGUAUCGAAGAGGGUAACCCAUCCGACGACGAUAUUAUUGAGGCUUGUAAACAAGCCAACGUAUAUGAGUUCGUCUCUUCUCUUCCUGAGGGUCUCGCAACACCUUGUGGCAACCAAGGUUUGUCGCUCUCUGGAGGUCAAAGGCAGCGUAUCGCAAUCGCCCGAGCCCUUAUCCAGAGUGAAAAGGUCGUCAAGGAGGCCUUGGAUCGAGCAGCCGAAGGAAGAACAACGGUUGCCGUUGCACAUCGAUUGAGCACGAUCCGAGAUGCAGAUAUCAUUUGCGUUUUCUCGGGUGGCAAGAUUGUCGAGAGAGGGAGACAUGGAGAUCUCGUUGCGAAGAAAGGUCUAUAUUACGAGAUGGUGUUAGGCCAGUCCUUAGAUAGGGAGGCAUGA